AAAACUAGAAAUUACACUUAAAUAGAACAUAACAUAAUCUAGAACAUUCCAUACAAGUGUCCAUACAACUAUAAGUGUCCAUGUAUUCUAACAUAAUAUUCAUUGUUCUUUACUAUGAUAUUUAUGACCGACCACAAAGGGAUAUACCCUUGAUGACCAUUUAUGAACCACACCAUGACUCAGGUAAAAAACACCCCAUUUACUAAAGCUUUUACAAAGCAAAUUGAAGUGAGCAUAGCAAAGAUGGUUUUUCUGAUGUGUCUGUGCCUAACAGGCAUCUUCCUUUUCCCAACAACAAUGGGAAGAUCAAACCAAAGUGAGUGCAACCUUUAUGGAAAUGGUAUGCUUGCAAAAUGUGAAAAUAUGAACAACUUUAGCGAUUUGAAGGAUGUGCCUUCCACUAUCACACAUUUAGAGAUCACUAACUCCAAUCUGCCUACUCUGAACUUCACAUUAUUUCUAUCUCGAUUUUUAAACUUGAAAUCUAUUGUAUUUGAUGGAUGCAAAAUAGAGUAUAUCAAGAUUGGAAUGAACCCACAGUUCACUGAAAUACGAAAUCUUUCCAUACGUAACAAUGAUAUUGACAUAAUUAGAGAAAAUUCUUUCCAACAGUUCCCAAAUGUUGAAAUUAUCGAUUUUGUUCACAACGGAGUUACUAAAAUUUACGAAGAUGGGUUUAAAGACCUGUUUCGCAUUCAAGUUAUCAAUCUCACAAACAAUAGCAUUGAAAAAAUCGAAAACGAAGCCUUCAAGAACCUUCCCAAACUUGAGGUGCUUGAUCUCUCUUUCAAUGAUAAUUUGAAACCUUUUACAUACAGCGAUGAAUCUAGACCAAAAAUCAUCACUUCUGGUUCGGAAAACUUAGUGAAUUUCUCUGGCAAUCCCAAACAGAACGAGAGUGGAUGGUUUACAGGUAUAUGGUUUUACAUCUGUGGAAGAAUUUCGGAUAUAUUCACUGGUGGAUGGCUUUCAACCAUAUGGUAUUACACGGGUGAAUGGCUUUCAAAUAUAUGGUACUACACCGGUGGAUUACUUUCAGGCCUAUGGUUUUACAUAGGGCUUGUCAUAUUAUUUAUACUUUCAUGCACAGGCUGUGCAGUCUGUUUGUCAUCCAUUAUUAUAAAGGAUAAAGAAGAUGAACAGAAUAAGAUACAACGAUUAUUGAGUAGCACGUAUGACAGAGAAAUAGGACAAAUAAGACUGGAGAAUCGAAUUGCCGAUAAUGUAUGGGCAGGAACACUACAAGAUGGUAGAAAAACAGCUGUUAAAAAGUACCGUAAAGCAUCAAGCAGCCAGCCAGAGAAAGAAUUGGAUAUACUACUGCACAUGUCAAACACUAAACCGAAUCCACACAUAGUUCAAUAUUAUUGUAAACAAGAAAAAGAUGGAUUCCUGUAUGUUGCUCUGGAGAUGUGUCAAUCAAAUCUAGAAAAAGCAAUAAUAGUUUUAAAGAAGGAAAAAUUUGAAUCAUCACGAUUCCUUUUAGAAGCAAAACAGUGUCUGGGGCAAAUCACAGACGGCCUGUGGCACGUACAUAAACAAGGAAUACAACAUCGGGAUAUAAAGCCAGCAAAUAUUCUUCUGAAGCGAAGAGGUGACGGUGUAUACUUUUUAAUAUCUGAUUUUGACUUAGGGCAUUUUGAGAAAGAUUAUUCAGAUCAUAAGAAGCCAUAUGGCUCAAAAGGAUGGGCAGCCCCAGAGCUUUGGAAAGGUGGUAAACGAACAACUGCAGUCGAUAUAUUCUCAUUAGGUUGUGUGUUCUAUUAUGUAUUAGCAAAAGGUCGUCAUCCGUUUGGACCCAUUGACAAUCUAGAGCAGUGCCAACAAACCAUAUGUCAGAGUACUGAACGACCAAAACUGACUAAACUGCAAGAACUAGGGCAAAGCUUCACUACAGUACUUGCGAAAAGCUUGAUCAAUUCAAUGCUUGAGAGGGACUUCAGAAAACGACCCAAGGUUAUGUCGGUAGUAGAACAUCCAAUGUUUUGGAAUGAAGAAAAAAUCAGCAAAUUCUAUCACAAUAUUGGUAAAAUGGCAGUCGACAAAGAGCAAGAAACGUUUCAAAGGAUGCUACGUGCAGAUUCAAGCGAGGUCUACAGUACUGGAGAUUGGACAUCCUACCUUGAUACGAUAGUCAAAUGCGAUGUUGAUAAACGUAUGGACAUAGCUGAUAUUUGCAAGCUUCUCAGAUUUAUUCGAAACAAAACUGAGCAUUUCGAUGAGCUAAGCGAGGAACUAAAGCAUACGUACUACUGUUGUAGUGAAGGAGUAGCAAGAUAUUUCAACGAGAAAUUUCCUAAGUUGCUACUGUAUACAUUUCAAAAGAAAGAAGAGCUGGACCAAGUAAAUCGUAAGAAAACAAAUUGAACAGUAACUUCUUUUAAUCUAGCUAGUAAGCUCGAGUUGACGUUUUUUUCAAGGUGCCAGUAUAUAUAUACAUGUAAACAGUUUGCUCAUGAUUUUUAUAAAUG